AUGCAAGGUCUGUUUGCGCUCCUGCUGUUUUCGCAAGUAUGUUUUGGGUUGCUGGAGGAGAGGUUUGUUGCGUUCGAGCAGUCUGAUGGUGCGAUCCCGCUGCACAUUGACACCGCCAUCGUUUAUCCAACGGACGACCCUGUUGGCAUCCGCAUUGCAGCUGAGAGUUUGGCGGAGGACCUGCGGCAGAUAACUGGAAGUCCUCCGACAUUGCUCCGUGGCGAUGCACAACAUCUCAGCAAUAUCACUUUCACGUCUGUCAUUCUUGUUGGCACUCUAACUUCAGACUUGAUCAAAAGAUUGCAGUCAGAAAAAGGAUUGGAAGUUAGCGAAAUUGAAGGGAAAUGGGAAAGCUUCAAGACGACCGUCAUUGCAGACCCGCUGCCCGGAGUGCGCAACGGUCUCGUGAUCGCGGGAAGUGAUAAGAGAGGGGCCAUGUUCGGCGUGUACACCCUCUCAGAGCAAUGCGGACAAUCUCCCUUCCACUGGUGGGCCGACGUCCCCGCAACCGAGCACUCCGAGCUCUACGCACUGCCCAAAACAACCGUCCACGGCGAACCGUCCGUCAAAUACCGCGGCCUCUUCAUCAACGACGAAGCCCCCGCCUUGACAGGCUGGUGGUCCCGCCAGCACAACGACACUUCCCCCCACCACCCCCUCGACGCCUCUUUCUACCGGCACGUCUUCGACCUCCUCCUCCGCCUCAAAGCCAACUACCUGUGGCCCGCCAUGUGGGCGUCGUUCGUCCCCCGCCCCGGCAACAUCUUCUUCACCGACGACCCAGCCAACCAGCAGCUCGCCGACGACUACGGCAUCGUCGUGUCGACGAGCCACCACGAGCCGAUGCAGCGCGCGACGAACGAGUGGAACGAGACGGAGACGGGGCCGUGGGAUUGGACGGCGAAUAAGGAGAACGUGACGCGGUUCAUGGAGGAGGGUGUGGCGAGGGCGGGGAGGAAUGAGUCGUAUUUUACGCUGGGGAUGAGGGGCCCGAAUGAUGGGCCGAUUGAGGCGGAUGAUCCGAUUGAGGUGCUAGAGGAUGUGUUUGAGACGGAGAGGCGGUUGUUGGGCAAGUAUUAUGGGAAUGAGACGGCGGCGAGACAGGUUUGGACUAUCUACAAAGAAGUGGCUACGUACUACGCGGCGGGCCUGGUGCCGCCAGAUGAUGUUACGUUGAUGUUCACGGACGAUAACUGGGGAAACGUACAGCGGCUUCCUGUUGGAAAUGAGACAGAGCGGUCAGGAGGUAUUGGAAUAUACUUCCACCUCGAAUACGUCGGGACUCCAAAGAGCUACAAAUGGGCGAAUUCCAACAAUCUGGCCAAAGUCUACAAAGAUCUCUUCCACUCGUACGCCCGAGGCGCGGACCGCAUCUGGGUCAUCAACGUCGCCGACAUCAAGCCCAUGGAGCUCCCCUUCGGCUUCAUCAUGGACCUAGCCUGGAACACGUCCUCCAUCGACUUCGCCACCAUCCCCGCCUACCUCCACGCCUUCUCUACCCGCGAAUUCGGCCCCACGCACGCCUCCGAAAUCGCCUCCAUCCUCCUCGAGCACAGCCGGCUCGUCGGCCGCCGCAAGCUCGAAUCCGUCAUCCCGUCCACCUACUCCGUCCUGAACUACCACGAAAGCUCGCGCGUGCUUGCGGAAUGGCGCUCCCUCGCCACCCGCACAUCCACCAUCGCGGCCGCCCUUCCCGAAACUCUCCAAGCCCCCUUCUUCCACCUCGUCCGCCACCCCGUGCAGGCCGGCUUCCUCCACCACGCCAUCGUCCUCGGGCAGGCGCUGAACGCGCAGCACGCCCUCGAGCGGCGCAACAGCGCCAACCGCCUGGCCUCCUCCGUGCUGGCCUCGUUCGACCAGGACUACGACUUGCAGGACGAGUACGACUCGCUCUCCAACGGCAAAUGGGCCGGCAUCAUGGCGCAGCCGCGGUUCGACUUCACACCACAGGCUACCUGGAAGGCGCCGAGCCGCGACGUGCUGGCGAACCUGUCGUUCGUGCAGCUGCGGCAGGAUAUGGACUACGCGUUCGGGAACCUCGGGAUAUACGCCGAGGGGAGUGCGAGCGCGGGGAGGCAGGGCGUGGUGUGCGCGUCGAUUGACGAGAGCGCGCCGACGAGCGAGGAGGAGAAACUCGCGCCGGUGCUGCCGGUGAUGGAUCCGUACGGCGCUGCGGUGCGGACGGUGGAGCUGUUCCACCGCGGGGACUAUCGGAAGAGCAUCGCUUGGUCAGUGGAGCCGGAGUACGACUGGGUCGAGGUGACGCCCCGUAGUGGUGUUGUCGACGGCGACGGCCCGGAGCAGCGGUUGAACGUCUCGGUCGACUGGAAUGCCGUGCCGGAGGGCUUCGACGACGUCGUCGAUGUCCGCGUUGACUUCGAUACGAGUCCGCGGAUGGACCUGAUCCGCGUCCCCGUCGUCAACCGCCCCGCGCUGCCCGACGACUUCCACGGCUUCCCCGAGACGGGCGAAGGCGUCGUAGCCAUCGAGGCGCCGCACUUCCAGCGUUCGUCUUCCUCCUCGUCGUCCUCCUCCUCAGAGGAAACCUCGGACGACGACGCCGUCGUGUCCUUCCGCCCCAUCCCCCACCUCGGCACCCGCACCUCCUCCGGCUCCCUCGCCCUGCGGCCCUACCUCGCCGCCCGCGCUUCUCCCGCCGCGCCGCAGGAUGCGUGGGUCGACUACGCCAUCUACCUGUUCAACGCCACCUCCAAUAUCACCGCAACGCUGUACAUCAACGCUGCCCUCGACACCGACCCGGACGACCUGCCCAUGCGGUACUCGCUGACGCUGGACGACGCGCCCGCGAACUGGACCCGCGUGCUGGAGGCGCCGGCGACGGCGGGGGACCUGCCGCCCGGGUGGACGGGGGAGGUGCGGGAUGGGGUGUGGAAGAGGAUUGUGAGGUUUGAGGGGCCGGUGGGGGCAGGGAAGCAUUGGCUGAGGUGGAGGGUGAAUUCGCCGGAGGUGUAUUUGGAGAAGGUUGUGGUGGAGACGAGGGAGGGGGUGGCGGGGGUAAGGGAGGCGUAUUUGGGGGUGCCGGAGACGGGGUGGGUGUGA